AUAGUAGGUCUAAUAGUGUUCUACAAUGAACGCAGAACUUGAAACAGUGUAUAAAGUGAAAAAUGUAGAUUUGUGGAUGUACAGAGUGUACACAUAAUUAUGUUGUGGUAAGUUCGACAUAAAUAUUUUACUCUUAAUUGUUUAAAAUCAAAUCAGGCUAGGAGUGUUCAAAAAACAGUUGAAAAAUUCUAAACGAGUCAUUAAUUUGAGUUUUGCAAAUUUAAUUUGAGUUAUAGUGCAGAAUUGCGAUGUAUUUAUAUCACCUAGUAUGGUGAAUGGAAGUUUUAUCUACUAUCUUAUAUCGACAAAAAAAUGGUCGGCAAUAAAUUUGCAUUAAGAGAAAAAAGCAGCAUCAAUGAAUUUAUUUAAAAAUAAUUACAAAAGGGAUUCGAAAAAGCGUUACUGUAAGGCCAUCCGCACACGAGUCGACUCGUUUGCGAUUCGAGUUUUCAACGCAAUGGGAGUCGCGCCCAACCUUGUCGUUGUUACACAGUGGGUGUCCUCACACGGGUCAACUGCUAGUCGUCAACUCAAAUCCAGUUGACAACGUGAAUCGCAUGAGUUGCACGCAACGCUGACUCUCGGUCGCCUGCAAUCUCAGUCGCGUAGUUGCGUGCCGCACAAUAGAAGACCACGGGUUAAAUUGAGUGAUCAAUAUCAAUCGAUCAAUAUUUCUUUUGUUGCAGAAGUGGAUGAGCAUGAAGAGUUGUACAACUACCACCUUCUUGGUUAUUCACAAAAAAGAUUACUGAUAGUUAUCUAUCACUUUUUCCUCAGAUUCACUACUGCUAGAAUGCAUUUUCAAAAACUAGCACUACAUAAAGUAAAAAUAUAAUUUCACUGGUCCGAGCUCUGUUGCCAACUGAAACCGACUAUCAGCCGACAGUUGCGAACUGAAGUUGCAUAAAUGGCCCUUCUGUGUGCGGACUCCAGCUGCAAGCAAGCUGCACAACUCCGACUGCAACUUGCAAAUGAGUCGACCCGCGUGCGGAGGGCCUAAGUGUUCAAACUGAUGCCGAUCUUGAUCAACGCAUUUCAAUUGCAGUCGAGAAAGGCGCGCUAUCUUCUUGCAAAAAUGCGGUCCUUUAGAAGGUCCCAUAGGAAGAAAUCAAAGGUUGCAAAGUAACAUAAUCGUGCAGACCAUUCAACGAAUCCUCAUCUACCAUUUCCCAUGUGAAUCUUCGAGCUUUUUCAGAUAAAUUUGACUCGUGACGUGACCCCCAAAAAAGUGGGGAUCCGCGAAACCUCCUGCAUCGAUACCCGCCCAUACAUACACCCCAGGUAGGUAUAAUUCAUCCUGACUAUAUGGAUCCUUGCCGAUUUUUCGACUGUCUGACUUGUGCCGACCUCUGUAUUAUAUUUGGAAGAGUAUCAAUUUAAUUUUGUGUUAAUGUGAACGAGCUUUUGAUUAGUAUUAAGAAGUUACUUGUAGCUAUAAAGAGCCUUGUAGAUUAUAGCCAGUCUUAAGGUCGAGGAUGGCGAAGAGGUGGUGCAAUAAUAAAAUUUCGAUAUCUACUUGAAACUUAAUUUAUAACUAUAUAUACAGGCACCAACAAAACGUAAAUCUGCGGCGACUAGACGCUAGAAAUCUGGUUGCUCUGCUGUGUCGAAUAAGUGUACCUCACCAAGGUUGGUGUAAGUAAUAAAUAGGAGGAAGCGUCAUGAAAUCGUAUGGAAAACAGAAGUAUGUUGGUUUUUCCUUAAACGUGACUUGGAAUUAUCAAAAUAAGGCGACUUUGGGGCCAGUGGUCGAAUUAUUUUUGUUUUAUUGAGGAAAUUGUUCGGGGAAUCCAGUCUUAGGGUGAAAAAUGUCGUGAAUUAAAGUGGCCCUGUAUUAGGUGUUUGUGAAUGCGACGGUAAAUGGCGCGGUCUCAUAGGAUCUUUGUGUUAGAACGCAAAAUACUUCAAUGCAAAGUUUCUAUACACUAAAGAGUUUUCGGGGCUUUACUGAUUAUCUCUUUUUCAUGUUUCACUAAUGUUUCAUCACUAAUAACAUAAUUUGUUAUAAUACAUUCUGUUCAGUCUUGAAAAUUAAGUGAGAAAUUUCUUAUUAUUUUUGGAAAUAUUACAUUUUUUCCCUAAUACUUCCACUAUGAUUAUAUAUUUAACGUUGAUAUGCAAGUAUCGACUUGAUUAAUCUCAUUUGUAAUGAAUUGUUAUCAGUUGCGUCAUUCAAUGAAAAAAAAGUGAGCUAGACCACGCGUCGCGGUUGCAUUAACUGCAUUCGGAGUUCAUAGAUCGUGCAAGGUGCGUCGACCGUAUGCGAACGUUGUUGUUAAUCGAUUUUGGACGCCCGCUGAAGUGUCGAGACGCCGAGUCGCGGCCAUUUUACCUCAAAAUAGAACGAUUUUGUUUGUUUUCGUUGAGUUUUUCGGAUUAAUCUUUAGAGUACGUGGUGCAUUCAAGUGAUUACGUAUCGAAUCGAAUUCGUGCUGUUCAUAUCAUGACAGAUCAAAAAUUAUUAAUGGCUGAAGAUAAGCGUCUCACAACAUCGAGUACAUCAAAUGUGACUUGCUGCUCUAAUUCUGAUAAAAAUAAUGCAGUUUCUUCUGAAACUCAAUCAGAAAAAUCAAAAUUAGAAAAAAAUAAUGGCGUGAACGGGCUCAAUCACGUUUGUAGAACAAUUGAUUUCGGUGAUUCAUCUAGUAUCGAUGACAUGUUUGCAUCCUAUGACGAGACUCGACGACAACAACAAAGAGAAAAAUGGAAUUUCGAUUUUGCUAACGAAGUACCUUUGGAAGGAGAUUGGGAAUGGGAAAGAGUACCGGCGGAAAGUCCAAAAGCUCAAGUAGUUGUGUCUUCUUUGAAGAAAAAUAGAGAAAGUAGGAAUGUUUGAAGCGACUAAAAAAUCUAGAAUACCUAAGAUUAAUGGUUUUUUUUAAUAAUUUCGUUUUAUCAAUAAAAAAUUAACUCGUCAAAUUGAUAAUAUGUUUUGUUUGAAAGAUAUACACCAGAAAUUAACGGUAUCUACAUUGGAACCAUCUCUUUAUUGUAUUUUAUUAAAGACCACUUCACACUGAGUAGAUUUCAAGGCAAAACCAUUAAGGUUUUUAAUGAUUUGUCAAAAUCAGCUGAUGCCUAUUUAAAAAUGGUCGCCGUGGGGUGAAAAAAUGCUCUUGAUGUAAGUUUCUAUGUGCAGAUUUAUUUGUUGGUUUGUAGACAUCAUUAUUUUCAAUGUUAUUGCAAAAGGCUUCUACUUUGAGAAAUUCAUAUCAUUUGAACGCAUUUACAUGUGGUAUACAAUCCGUGUAAUUUCAAUACAAAAAUUCAGAUUUUAACUACACACUUCCAGUGAUUUUUAUUUGUUCACGUUCGUGGUUUGGUAACUUUAUUUGUCUUAAACUUCAUGACAUCAUUACAAAUCGAGCUUGGAAGUUUCUCAAACGUUUUUAAAUGCUUUCAUUUAUGUCUGGGUGUAGAAACCAGUUGUUAAUACCAAGUAUGCAGCAAUGCCUAUAUUAGAAACAAGUGGAAAAUGAGUAGCUCUUGCUAUUUAUUUAGAAAGGGGUCAACUCCACCUGUAAGUUUGUACCUAUACCUUUCAGCUGACACUUGGUUAUUACUUUGCAACUUUAAAUAGUAUUCACUCGUGUUUCGUAAACUAAAUAUCUAAACUACAAACUAAUAUUAGGCCUAUUCUAAAUGGAUUCACCCAGCAAAACAUUUUUCAAAAUUCGGGAUAUCAUUCUAUAUUCAAUUUGAAGAAAUAUGUCCAUUUUCAUUUUUCCAAAAAACGUUUUUUGGAGCCCUGUGGCGCCAUGUGGAAAUCUACGUUAUGAAUGCGCUAUUUAAGCAUUUCAAACGGCCACCAUUAUGACCCAAAUUGACCUAUCGGGAACAAUUUUUCUUCAAAAUGUACAUUACUUUCAGCUGGUGUUCUCAAAAUUAAUAUUUAAUCAAAAACUUUCCGGGAAACCUAAAAAAUGGAUUUUUUCUUGCAAAAAUCGAUUUCUCAAAAAUCUCACCCUUAAUUUGCGUGAAUUUUGGAUAUGUUUUUCAAGAACCCCUGACCUAUCUUUAGAUCUUCUGAUCUAUCAAGUUAUGAAGUAGGUUUUAUCGUAAAAAUAAAAAUAACAAUUCCAUCGUAUUCUACGUGAAAAAUUACAUGAAAAGCACGUAACACUCUAUUUAGAAACAUUUUUAGUGAAACUCAGUUUAUCCGACAAAUAAAAAUCGUCAGACGCUACUCACUUACAAAUCCCCGGAAAAAUUAUUUCCAAAGCUUGUAAUAAGUUAUAUUUUCCAACAUUUAUUUUGUAAAGAAUUGAUAGAAGAAAUAGUAGAAAGUACAUAGUUUCCAUGUAUUUUUUCACGUAGAAUACGAUGGGUGAGGUUUGGAUAUGUCAAAAUCGACAUUUUCGUUACCGCGCCGUAUUUUCCCAACGGAUAUUUUGGUUAAUUGCCUUCGCGCAAAUUAAGGGAGAGGUUUCUGAGAAAUCGAUUCUUGCAAAAAAAGUACUUUUUUUAGUUUUUCCGGAAAAAUUUUUGAUCAAAUAUUAAUUUUGAGACCACAAGCUUAAAGUGGAGUAAACUGUGCACAUUUAAAAAAAAAAUUGGUACCGAUAGGUUAAUUUGGGUUGUAAUGGCGGCCGUUUGAAAUGCUUAAAUAGCGUAUCAACAUUAACAUGGCGCCACAGGGCUUAAAAAACCUUUUUCGGAAAAAUGUGGUCGUAUUUCCUCCUAUUUUAUAUUGAAUGAUAUCCCAAAGUUUGAAAAAAAUCGAAAACAUCGAUAUAUACCAAAAAAACCAACAAAAGCUAUUAUGACAUACGAGAAAAUCGACUGUUUACCCCACGGCCGCCAUUUUAACGUAGAUCAGCUGUUUUUAUUUGCAAUUAUAUUUUUUAAUGUCAUUCUUUCAACAUACAAGUUGUAUUUCUUGUUACUUUUAGAAUAACAACUAAUUUUAUACUGAAAAUCUACCUAUAAUAUUUAUUUAUAUGAUUUAAUUGUAAGUAUUUAGUUAUAUAUUUAACUUAUUAAUAAUUUAUAUCAAAUUUUAUAUUAGAUCUAAGUAGAUCUCACAAUAAAUUGGAGAAAUGUAUUUAAUAGUCAAAAAACCCAAAUACAUUUUUUCUUUAAACUUAUUUCGCGAGAAAAAGAGAAACAUUACAUUACAUAUCUUCUCCAGGGAUGAAAAUAAAAGAUUUUUAGGUUAUAUUACUUUAAAAACAGUGGUUAGCCACGAAUUUGAAGAAGAGGGAAGAGAUGGUAAUUACCGAGAGCUGCUUCCACACGUUGUGGUUUUCAUCUGUCAGCAUUUUUUGCACCCACCUUGUUCUGGAUGCAGAACUUGCUGACAUUUUUCAACAUUGAUUCUUUCACUUUCGCAUUUCCUUUAUCUGAGGACGAUGGCCGGCCAAAACGUUGUCUAUAAGUCCGUCUUCGAAUUAGUAUUCCACUAUUUUUACGAUAUAACAAGUAUUUUUGGGAGUGGUUUAAUUUAGGAUUAUAUAUUUUGCAGUUUUUCAAACUGUUAAGUGCAAUAACAUUUUUUUCCAUUCUAGUCAAGUUAUAACUUUAUUUUUAAUAUAAUUUUAAGGAAUUGUGCAAUUCCCAUUACGGCUAAUAUACCAAAAAUUGUAAAUAUACUUAGUUGUAUUCUAUUUUUACUGAUUUUAUAUAAGAUGAUCCUGUAUCAAUAAAAAUUAUAGAUUUC